AAUGCAGAACCUAUUCUUACAGAACCUAUUCCCUUGCAGGCUUCCAAGAGCAAACUGUGUGUUCAUGUUCUAGGUGAAGCUCUUGUUUUUUCACACUGAAUUUGUAGAUAUGAUCUUUCUAUAGUUAGGAGAUCUUUAUAAAAAAAAUUGGGAAUUAGAAUCAGUUAGAAUCAGACAGGCAUGUAACAGUAGACAGAACUUAGAACAAAUAACAUAAUUAAAGCUGGCUGUCUUUGUCAUUUCAAGGAAUGAAUAAUAAUCAGGUGUCAGGGUUUUCAAAUGAGCCACAGAAGGUAAAUGAGUAAGGUAGUAAUGGGGCUGUAAUAAGCUUCUUGAGGCUAAGUGAGGAAGGGUGCAAAUCAGAAUUUCAGUUAUGCUAUUCCAGACUCAACAGUAGCCCUAAACUUUGGAAGAAGAACAAAUGCUGGAAGUCUACUGAUGGUCUGUCACCAGAUUGCCACCGAGACCUGAACUUUUCUUCUGAGACUCAAAAUUGUUGGAAUAGGAUUUUUCUCUAAUUAAUUCUUCUCUUUGCGGUAUGGCUGUGAAGCCUCUUUGAAUUUUUCAAUAGGGCAAAUAUGCCAAAGCAUAGUGAUGUUUCUCUGAAGAUUUCUGAUGCUAAAUCAGUCUUUCACCUCAGAUACUGGAUUUGAUCCAACCUGAGUGAUUCUAUAUUCUGCUAAGUGAUGUUUUCUUCUAAUUGUAGGGUUCAUGAGGUAUUUAGCAGAAAUCAUGCAGCACCUUUCUCCAAAGUUCUUACGUUCUAUAGGAAAGGUCCAUUUGAGUUAGAAGCUUUUUAUUCUGAUCCUAAUGGAGUCCCAUAUCCAGAGUCAAAAAUUGGUAGGUAUGUUAUCCAGAAUGUGGCAGCUCAGAAAGAUGGAGAGAAGUCUAAAGUUAAAGUGAAAGUCCGUGUCAAUACUCAUGGCAUUUUCAGCGUGUCCACUGCAUCCAUGGUAGAACCAGUUAAAAGUGAAGAUAGUGAGGAUGUCGGUGUUGAGACUGAACUGGAAACUCAGGACCAGAUGCCUGCUGAAAAUUCAAGUGAUGUGAGUUGGCCUUUCUUGUGUGUGAAUAUCCUUACUGAUGAAACUGUUCUGCUGAAAAAUAACCAGCAAGAGAACAGUGAGGCUGGAACACAGUCCCAGGUACAAACUGAUGGUCAGCAAACGUCACAGUCUCCCCCUUCAUCAGAACCUCCCUCUGAAGAAAACAAAAUCCCAGAUGGCAAGAAAACAAGUGAAAAGAAAGGCGAUCAGCCUCCAGAAGCUAAAAAACCCAAGAUAAAAGUGAAGAAUGUGGAACUGCCUAUUGAAGCUAACUUGGUUUGGCAGUUAGGAAAAGAUCUCCUCAAUAUGUAUAUUGAAACAGAGGGUAAGAUGAUUAUGCAAGACAAACUGGAAAAAGAAAGAAAUGAUGCAAAGAAUGCAGUGGAAGAAUAUGUGUAUGAGUUCAGGGACAAAUUGUCUGGACCAUAUGAGAAAUUUGUUUGUGAAAAGGAUCUGCAAGGCUUCUCUGCACUCCUAACAGAGACAGAAGGCUGGCUGUAUGAAGAGGGCGAGGACGAAGCUAAGCAGGUGUAUGUAGACAAACUAGAGGAUUUAAAGAAAUUAGGUACUCCCAUUGAAAUGCGCUAUCAAGAAGCAGAGGAGCGACCAAAGCUAUUAGAAGAACUGGGACACAGGCUCCAGUAUUAUGCUGCAAUAGCUGGGGAAUUCAGGAACAAAGAUGAAAAAUACAUCCAUAUUGAUGAAAUGGAAAUGAUGAAAGUAGAGAAGUGUGUGAGCGAAGUGAUAGAGUGGAUGAACAAUGCUGUGAGUGCACAGGCUAAGAAGAGCUUAGAUCAGGAUCCAGCUGUGCGUUCCUUUGAAAUUAAGGCAAAGCUUCAAGUAAGUACCAAAAGAAAUUAAUUUUAGAGGCUAUUACUUAAAAA